GGCGGGGCGUACUGGCCCGGGCGGUCGCGAGAUGCCGGGAGGCGCGGUGGCGGCUGCGGCGGACGCGGCCUCGCCGGCCGGCGGCGCGGGCGCCGGGGGGCCGCCGGCUCCGGAGGCGGAGGCGGAGGCGGAGGCGGAGGCGGCCGAGCUCCUGCCCUUCCUGGCGGCCGGCGCGCGGGCGGACUUGCAGGCGGCGGCGGCGGGGCACGUGCUGGCGCUGACGGGCUCGGGGCCCGGCCGGACGCUGCUGGCCGGGCAGGCGGCGCUCCUGCGGGCGCUGGCGGCGCUGGCGGCGGCCCCCGCCCCGGCCCCGGCCCGCGACGCCGCCCGCGCCCUCGUCAACCUGUCCGCCGACCCCCGCCUCCACGAGCCGCUGCUGGCGGCCGCGCCCGCGCUGCCCGCCCGCCUGCUGGGCCGCGCGCUGGACCCGCAGUGGCCCUGGGCGGAGGAGGCGGCCGCCGCGCUGGCCAACCUCAGCCGCGAGCCGGCGCCGUGCGCCGCGCUGCUGGAGGCGCUGGCGGCCGCGGAGCCCGGGGAGGCUGGCCUGGGCCUGGAGCGGCUGAUGCGCGCGCUGUGCACGCCCGGCUACAACGCCCGCGCGCCCCUGCACUACCUGGCGCCGGUGCUGUCCAACCUCAGCCAGCGCCCCGCGGCCCGCGCCUUCCUGCUGGACCCGCACAGGUGCGUGGUCCAGCGGCUGCUGCCCCUCACCCAGGACCCAGACUCCACGGUGCGCAGGGGCGGGGUCGUGGGGACGCUGCGAAACUGCUGCUUCGAGCACCGACACCACGAAUGGUUGCUGGGUCCCGAGGUGGACAUUCUCCCCUUCUUGCUACUGCCCCUGGCCGGGCCCGAGGACUUCUCUGAGGAGGAGAUGGAGCGCCUGCCCGUGGACCUGCAGUACCUGCCGCCAGACAAGCAGCGGGAGCCUGACGCCGACAUCCGGAAGAUGCUCAUUGAGGCCAUCAUGCUGCUGACGGCCACAGCACCUGGGCGGCGGCAGGUGAGGGACCAGGGAGCCUACCUGAUCCUCCGAGAGCUGCACAGCUGGGAGCCCGAGUCUGACGUGCGGGGGGCUUGUGAGAAACUCAUCCAGGUGCUUAUUGGGGAUGAGCCGGAGCGGGGCAUGGACAACCUGCUGGAAGUGCAGGUGCCUGAGGAUGUGGAGCGGCAGCUGCAGGAGCUGGACCGCCAGGAGCAGGAGCAGUGCCAGCGGGAGCAGCAGGAGCAGCGGGGGCAGAAGCUGUCUCCAGAGUCACGCUCGGAGGGGGCCGCACCCACCUGAGGCACCUGCACAGACCACUGCCAGCUCCAGGCCCCCUUGAUGAGCCGUCCAUCCUGGCUUCCCAGAUCAAGCCGUCCUGCAGCUGCCUGCAGGCCUCUGGGUCCCUUUGCUCCGAGGCUGUGCCCUCCUGGGAGGCAGAGCUGCACUUGAGCUCUGGGUUCGGGCUGAGGGCUCUAGGGCUAAUGCCCCUUAGACAUCGGCGGGUUGCGGGCACCUCCCUGUGCCCUGUUGCUUGAGCAACAAUGCAGCUGGUGCCUGGCCAGCGUGGUUCAGUGCGUGAGCAUUCGACCUAUGAACCAGGAGGUUGCAGUUUGAUUCCCGGUCCGGUCCCGUCGGAGCACCUUGAGCCAGGUUGCGGGCUCCACCCCCAGCAUGGGGCGAGGAGGAGGCAGCUGAUCGUAGUUCUCAUCACUGAUGUUUCUAUCUCUCGGCCCCUCUC